AUGCCACCGGAGUCCCAUGGAGCCAAGAUUUGCUUGGGUAGCAUGGAAAACCAUCGCUACCACGUCAAGAUCCAUACCUCGGCGUUGAGCAACAUCAGAAUUGCCGACUCUGGAAAUCUUCUGUAUGGGCUCGAGCGGGUCGAAGGCAAGGAACGAGUGGCCAUACUAAGCCUUGAGCCAUACCAGGAAAUCUUCGGGAAACCUCGGAUUGUGCCGGUAAAUUCACAGACAUUGAACUCCGCAAAGUCUGUCGUACAAUACCUUGGAAAAUUCAAGCGAGCUGACUUGCUCCGGGAGGCAUCGUCGAACGCACAACCGAGUGGCACGGCGAUGCUUGUGCUGGAUCCCACUGGUAGACCAGCGAUAUCUAUUCUCCGUCAGUCCAGGGACGAUGGCUCGCUCGUCCAGGAGACUUUUGAUAGUGAAGGGAACGCGAAGGCACAAACUAUCGUGCACCUACCACGCUCAAUUCCCAAUAAUACCGAGGUUACACUUCUAAACCCAGGAGCAUCCAGCACACAGCACAGUUCCAAGCGCGUAAAGGUGCUGCUAGGAGUACGACCCAAAAGCUCCUACUCGUUCCAAGAAGCCUGUAAUGUAUCAACGGCAAAAGAGUGCUUACCAACUAUGUUCCAGCGACAUAAGAGUUCGAUACGGACGAUUGAAGGCAAAAUCCAGCAUCUAGUCAAGGAUUACUCAUCUUCUCAGCCGACUACGUUGCUGAACGAGGAGCAAAGUCAUACAGCAGGGAGCGUUAAAGAGGGUGGAGAUGACGACUCUUAUUGA